AUGCAUCACAUCGGCUUGACCGAUCUAACGCAGCAGAUUGCUAGCGAUAUGGGAUGGCUAGUGUCAUACUCAAUAACGGUGAUGUUUGCCUAUGGACUGGGCGUGGCAAACGAAAUCCGCAGCAGCCUAGUCUUCGGGACGCGAGUGCGGAAUUGGAGCGGUGGAUUAAGCGCAUUAGCGAUCAAUUCGGCCUCGUUGGCUGCAAUGACCUAUCUCCAUGACAAGAUUCAGGAUAUGUCUCCAGUAGUCGCCAGGACAACGACACUGCCAAAUAUCAAAGACGACAAAGAACUGAUACAGAUAUCGAUGCAGAUGCAGAUCGAUUUAAAUACAAAGCCGCCUGGUUUCUCCGUUGCCGGCGCUUGGAUUGUCAAUCGCGAGUUUAUCGCUGGGCUGAUCGGUGUGUAUGCCACAUACAUUCUCCUGACCUGGGACAGGAAGUGAUGGAUAGCGACGUAGCAGGAUUUCGGUUCGCAAAGCACUA